AAGAAAACAGAGAUGCAGUUCUUGCAAUGCCCAGCAGGUGUCAGUCGGAACGAGGUCGUGACUGUCGGUGGAGGGUACAGGCUGCUGCGGGCAUGGCACGGGCUGCGAGCGGCGAAUAUUUCAGGAGAUCCAGCCUGUUCUGGAUGGCAACGAUCACCGUUUCCAUGGGAUACUUUACAUGGGCAGUGUUCUGGCCGCAGCAGGUCCCCUAUGAGGCGCUGGGUCCAGUCGGCUCUUUCUCCAAGCACAUGGUGGAGCAUCACUACCCCCUGCUGUACUACGGCUGGUGGUUUUCCUGGUCCGUCCACUUGGCUGAAGCCGUCUACAGCCUCAAACUCUGCAGUGACAAAGGCAUUGACAGCCUGUUCUCGCGCUUCCUGUGGUGUUUGCAGACCUUCCUGUUCGGGAUCGCCUCUCUGUCACUGCUGCUGAAGUACCGACCUGACCCGCGACCCAAACGCCACUGAGACCCAGACACUACACCCUGCUCCCCACCAAUGCACACCCUCCACCUCCCACCCACCAACGCACACCCCUACACCCCCUCCCCCUCCACCUCACACCCACCAAAGCACACCUCUACACCCCCUCCCCCUCCACCUCCCACCAAUGCACACCCCUACACCUCCACCUCCACCUCCCACCCACCAACACACAUCCCUCCACCCCCCUCCCACCCCCCUUCCUGUGCUGCACCUUGACAUUGCUGGCUGGGUCACUAAUUAGGUGAAAAAUAUGAAUUUACAAAUAUGGUGAAACAAACAUGAAUAUAAUAUAAUAUACUUCAUUCAUUGGAGCGCAGAGUUGAUUCCGGUAUUGCCUCUCAAUCACUCUUCUUAGGAAUACAUGCUUUGAAAAGAAGCUCUGAUUAGAAGUCUUUCUUGUGGAAACUCCUUUUGGUAUUCCUGCACAUUCCAGACACUGCUGCUGUAGGGGUGAGGAUUCAGCAUUCCCAGUCGGGCUGGGUGCAGUGGCUCACUUUGCUGCUGUUUUAUGUAAAGGAAAAUAAAAGUACAGUUUGAUCAUUUGUAUUAAUUUUGAAAUAAAUAAUGUUUGAGAUUG